GCACAGAAAGAAAGUAUAUAUAUAUAUCAAUCUCAUGCUACCUUGUUAAUUCAAAUAGUAACAAUCCGCAAUCCAAAGAUUAAGUUUUGUAUUGUACUCUCCUCGAACCUCACUUGCAAAACAUCGAUCACAGCCGAUUCUCAGCCUCUUCGUGUUAAGCUAUCUCAUUUCGUUCGAUUCCAUUCCGCAUCCGCAGUACUCAAUCCCUUCAUUAUGUCGGGCACAGAUGUCGUCAAGGAGGAUGCCAACGACAUCUCUAGCGGCGGAAACUUAAUAGGACUCGGCUCAGUCAAUGGCGUCGACAAGCCUUCUCGCAAGGCCAUUAACGCCAUGAACUGGCCUCUGUGGAUGAAGAUCUAUCAUACCGCUAUUCCUUGCUUCCUAGCAUUUUUGAUCACGUUCACCUCGUCCGUCGAUGUCCCUGCCACCGAGGCACUCAUGAAAGAGUUCAACAUCAGUCAGACCAAAUCCCUCCUCUCAGGAACCCUAUAUAUGUUGGGCUUAGCGUUCGGUCCUAUGAUCAUGGCACCCCUAUCAGAGUUUGUUGGUCGUUGGUGGCUAUACCUAGUAACCUCAUCAAGCAUCGUUGCUUUUGCAUGUGGUGCUGCUGCUUCGAAAAGUUUUGCCACCCUUUUGGUCUGCCGUUUCUUCUGUGGAUUCUUGGGAUCUGCUGGAGUUGCGAUCGGUGCAGGAACGAUCCUUGAUGUCUGGGGUGGCGCAAAAGCUGGAGGAUUGGCAAGACUUCUCUUCAUUUGCGGACCUUUCUUGGGACCUUCUCUGGGCCCCUUGACAGGCGCGUAUGCUAUGCACGAAUACGAUGGCGACCGCAGGUGGACCCAGUGGGUGGUAGCCUUGAUUGGAGCACCCACCUGGAUUUUGAUUCUGUUCAUGAAGGAGACUUCUGACUCCCGAAUUAAACCCACUCGUGAGCACUCCGGUCCGUUCGGCAUUGUGAUCAUAGCCUUGUCAACGCUUAAAGCUGCAGCGGCCCGUUCAUGGAGCAUCCUUACGACUGAAUCUAUUGCAUUCUCCCUGACUCUAUACACGGGAUAUGCAUAUGCAGUGAUCUUCAGCUAUUUUGCAAGCGCCACUUAUGUUUACGAAAUCGACUUUGGUUUUAAUGAGCGACAGGUUGGCCUUUCUUUCAUCAGUGUGGUCAUCGGUUAUUUCCUGGCUGCUGUUAUGCAUGUCGUAGUUGAGGGGACACUGUAUGCUCGAGCUGUGCGCAACGCCCCUGAUGGCUAUCCAGCCCCAGAGCACCGACUCUACACCGCGAUGGCUGGGAGUGUUUUCUUGCCCAUUGGGCUAUUCUGGUAUGCAUGGGGAGCUCAGCCAAACGGCCACUGGGCAGUAGCUGUCGCUAGCGGAAUCCCAUUCGGUCUUGGUGCUUUUGUUCUCUUCCUGUCCUCAAUUAUCUACCUCGUUGAGGCAUACGGAGCUGCUGCUGCAGCAUCUGCGCUCGCCGCUAACGGAUCUAUCCGAUACAUGCUCGGAGCGAUAUUCCCUUUGUUCACCAUUCAGAUGUAUGAGAAUCUCGGCAUCCAUUGGGCGGGAAGUGUGUUUGCCUUUUUGUCUUUAGCACUCCUUCCUAUCCCUUGGCUACUGUUCAAAUACGGCCACCUGCUCCGGAGAAACAGCCGUUUCAUAUCAUCUACUUGAGCAGAGCGCCCGAGAAAUGAAAACACAUUCGUACCACGCAUGUACGCGCAUCAACGGGAGUAGAUGCGCUACCCCAGCAUUAGCAUUUUGUUAAAAGCACUGAGGUCUCAAGUUUUACGCAUUGUUAUAGAGGUUGUAUUCUAAGAAUUUAAUAACUGGUGUUGAU